CCUUCUCCUUCGCCCUCACUUCCAUGGAAAAAAAAAACAAUUAAUCCGAUCAAAAUUAAAGCCCAAAAGUUGAGAUAGCUAGCUAGCUCAUCAGGAGAGAGUGAGAGACAAUAUCCAGCUUGCUAGGUAGCUAGCUGCCGUUUGCGUGUUCUUCUUUAAUUUCUUCGUCGCAUAAUCUGUCUCGUCUCUGAUAAACUUUUUAUCUUCUUUUUUUGGGUGGUCAUGCAUGCUGCGGCCAAUUCGUUCUUGAAUUCGUUAGCUACUCCAUUCCAUAUAUAGAUUCGAUCUUGUCCUAGCUAGAUACCUAGCUGCUGCUGCUGCUUCUUCUUCUUCCUUGGUGUUGAAUUUGGUUCAGCCGCUGCUAGCUAUAGCUUUGCGCGGUGUUCGUAGGGUUAGGGUUUUUGCUGUGUGUUCGACGAUGGCUAUGGGAAUGGAAGGAUCGGGAGGAGGAGGGUCGGCGAAGAAGAAAGAGGAGAGCUUGCCGCCGGGGUUCAGGUUCCACCCGACGGACGAGGAGCUCAUCACCUACUACCUGCGGCAGAAGAUCGCCGACGGCGGCUUCACGGCGAGGGCCAUCGCCGAGGUCGAUCUCAACAAGUGCGAGCCAUGGGAUCUCCCAGAGAAGGCAAAAAUGGGAGAGAAGGAAUGGUACUUCUUUAGCCUAAGGGAUCGAAAGUACCCAACUGGCGUGCGCACAAACCGAGCAACUAAUGCUGGUUAUUGGAAAACAACGGGAAAGGAUAAGGAAAUCUUCACUGGACAACCACCAGCAACACCGGAGUUAGUUGGAAUGAAGAAAACCCUAGUGUUCUACAAAGGAAGGGCUCCAAGAGGUGAGAAAACCAAUUGGGUCAUGCAUGAGUACCGACUCCACUCCAAAUCAAUCCCCAAAUCAAACAAGGAUGAGUGGGUCGUCUGUCGCAUAUUUGCCAAGACUGCCGGCGUCAAGAAAUACCCCUCCAACAAUGCUCAUUCCCGAUCCCACCACCCAUACACACUAGACAUGGUCCCACCUCUCCUCCCAGCUCUAUUGCAACAAGACCCAUUUGGUCGUGGACACCACCCUUACAUGAACCCCGUUGACAUGGCGGAACUCUCCCGGUUUGCUAGAGGUACGCCGGGGUUGCACCCACACAUCCAACCACACCCCGGUUACAUCAACCCGGCUGCGCCUUUUACACUAUCAGGCCUUAACCUCAACCUUGGAUCCUCGCCAGCCAUGCCUCCACCACCACCACCGCCACCACAAUCCAUCCUCCAAGCGAUGUCGAUGCCGAUGAACCAACCAAGAAGUACUACAAACCAGGUUAUGGUAACAGAGCAAAUGAUUCCAGGACUAGCCAAUGGUGUCAUCCCACAGGGAACAGAUGGAGGUUUUACCACGGAUGUUGUUGUUGGAGGCACUGGCAUCAGAUACCAGAAUUUGGAUGUAGAGCAGCUGGUGGAGAGGUACUGGCCUGGUAGUUACCAAAUGUAGUCCUGAAGGAAAUGCUUGGGGUACUGCCAAGCAAUUGUUGGUCUAUUAUGUAGGAAGACAUAAUUAUUUGAGCUACCUUAAUUUAGUCUAUGGAUAUUGUAUGAUUACUUAGCUAAUGUUGUACCCUUGCUUUUUAGUUUCUCAGUUCUCUUGUACCUCUAGAUUUUGUUUUGGUUGUAACUUGUCAGAUUGUAGAAACUAGAGGACUGUUUGUUUGACCUGAUUGCUUGUACAUACACCUUAUAUAUUAGUGAUCAGAUCA